CAUUUGUCUCGUGGUUCAUAGUGCUAUUAUUUCGUCCCUGAUAAUAUACUGAAAAUGUGUAAUACGUAGUAUCCACAAGUGUUAUAACAGUUGUGUGAUAUCUUAGUCGUGAAAUAGUAUUUUAAAAUAACAUAAAAUGUGAAAUUUCUUUAAAAAUUUUCAAGAAUUUAUUUUUUAAAUUUUUCUAAAAAUCUGAUAAAUCAAAUAAUGAGUUCAAUAAACUUCUAGCGGAACUCCGAUUUUUCGUCAUAUCCUAUUACUUAUCUUUAUAGUCAAUCGUCGUGUAUACAGAAAUUAGGGCGUGAAAAGCAACAUGCUAUUGUUUUACAAGGAAUAAAUGUAUACUUUAAAAAUUUUAUUGAAUGAUAAUAUGUAAUAACACCAAACAUGACUGGUUCACAAAUAAUUCGGCACAUCUCUAAUUGUCUCCUGGAGAUUAUACGAUUAUUUAUGAAUAUUUUAUAAUCAUAAUGAUUCGUAAUCCUAAAAUUAUAAUAAUGACAUUGAUCAAUAAUUUUAAGAUAACUUGUGAAAAUCAGGUUUUUUAUGGACCUAAUAUUGAAGCAGUAAAAAAUGUCUAGAAAGCGUGCUAGAGAAGAAACUAUGUUGAAUUCUACAUCAUAUUCAAAUAUUCAAAAUGGAGAAGAUGCAUCUUGCUCCAGAGAAGAUUCACCUGUAUAUCCUCUAGUGACAAUGACUUGGAGAAGCAACAGGAAUUCACAUAAUGAAUCAGGUCAAAUUUCACUGAAAAAGUAUAAUAGUGAAAUUUCUAUUUACCACAAAGAACUUCCAUCAAUUUGCAAGGAAGCACCUUUUAGUGAUGAUCCAGAAGCACUUGCUGAAAGAAAUGCAUGUGAUUACAAUAUUCGCAUUACAUUAAAGAUGGCAAAAAGUGGUAAAGCUCCCAGAAAAAUCAGAGUCUAUGCAGAUGGUAUUUAUGAUCUAUUUCAUCAAGGACAUGCACGGCAACUUUUACAAGCAAAAAAUAUUUUCCCUAAUGUAUAUCUUAUUGUAGGAGUUUGUAAUGAUCAGUUAACACAUAGUAAAAAAGGAAGAACAGUUAUGACAGAUGUUGAAAGAUAUGAUGCAGUAAGACAUUGUCGUUAUGUAGAUGAAGUGGUUAGAGAUGCACCUUGGGAAUUAGAUGAUGAAUUUCUUAUAAAACAUAAAAUUGAUUUUGUUGCUCAUGAUGAUAUACCUUAUAUGACAGAUGAUAGCACAGAUGUUUAUGCUGCCUUAAAGGCUAAAGGUAUGUUCGUAGCUACACAAAGAACAGAAGGAGUAUCAACAUCAGAUAUUGUUGCAAGAAUAGUUAAAGAUUAUGAUAUUUAUGUAAGAAGAAAUCUUGCGCGAGGCUAUAGUGCAAAAGAACUUAAUGUUUCUUUUCUCAAUGAAAAAAAAUUUCGUUUACAAAAUAAAUUUGAUGAUUUAAAAGAUAAAGGUAAAAGAGUAAUGGAGAAUAUUGGUGAAAAACGUAUGGAUAUGAUUAGCAAAUGGGAAGAAAAAUCUCGAGAUUUUAUCGAUGCUUUUCUACUUUUAUUUGGAAGAGAAGGUAGAUUGUCAACAAUUUGGAAUGAAAGUAAAGGUCGUUUAAUGCAAGCAUUAUCUCCUCCUGCAAGUCCAAAAAGAGAUGGCAGUCCAAAUGGCAGUAAUAGCAGCAAUAAUGAUGAAGAUCAGACAAGUCCACCACCGAAAAAGACUGGCCGUUUUGAAUAUUCGCAGAGUAAUUAUUAUUUAAGCGAUGAUUAUAGCGACGAUGAAGAAGAAAAUUUGCACUCCAAAUGAUAACCUCUUUUUUCAAAAUCACAUUCUUCAUUUUGACCAAAAAUAUCGUGCAAUCUCUUUAAAAAUGUUUAAAAAUAAUUUUAUGCAUCUAUGUGAUUUAUUAAUAUGGAUUGUAAUGUUAUGCUUAAUAAUCUUUUUAUGCUAUGAUUUCAUACUACAUACGAUAUAAAAUUAUUUGUUGUAAUGAUUUCAUUCAAUCCAAUCAUGCAUUAUUAUAUAUUAACUAGAUUAUAUAUGUGCAU